AUAUAUAUAUAUAUAUUAUAUAAUGACUUGACUUCUGAUGGUCGUUUCUGGUAUCAGGAAGCAUUUUGGUGCAUUUCAGGGCACGGGAGGACGCGCCUUUUUGGUGAUGGGAUUGGAGUGCCAGACACUCCCAGCACUGCUUGAGGCCUUUCUUUCAGGACGCUUCGGGAUGGACGAAUCGGGAUGAUUCGAACUUCGCGCUUUACGAAUCUAUCUGAUGGCUCAGAGUAGGUAUAGAGGCUUAUAGAGGUGAAGCGGAUCCUUCCUGCGCAUUCAUUCCAGCGCAGCAGCGGAACUCGAAGCAUUUUGGGGCUAUGAGAGUGCUGUUGGGCUUGGCAGGAGUCUGGAGCAGUGCAGGACUGGAGCUUCCCCCCGUGGCCACUCGCGCGCAGCUGGUGGGCUUUGCGGGGGACCAGACGAACUACAACAUCUCAGCGCCGCACUUCCGCUGGACGGGCCACGUGGGACUGCGCUUCCGCGCGGAGGAGGCCACACUUUAUGGCUUCACGCCUGACACCGAGCUACGACAUGACACGCCCUUGCUGGUGUCGACCUUGCUGGAUGGCAACCGCUUCACCGGACGAGUCGCCGACGACUACGAGGACUUUGCAGAUGCGACCCAGUCACCCUUCGGUCAGAUCUUUGUCUUCUGGGACAUUCCUGACGAUCUAUGUACCGAGAGGGACUGCGGCUGGUCGCUGGUCCAGCAGGACGCCGCGGGUCGUGGAUCCGCGAAGUUUUAUGCCUUCCCACCAGAGGCCCCGCGCAAGUAUCGAGGACAGAGGGUUCCUCGCUGGGUGGUCCACCUUUUGUGUGGAGGAGAAGACGUUGCAACGAAGAGUCUCACUGUGACGCUUGAUCCCUCACAAGUCGUGUUCAUUGACACUCCGGCUUUUGCCAGCAUGAAUGCUGCGACCAUGGGAAAGCUUCACACCUUGCUUUCCACUGGAAUCAAAGAUGGGACUCGUCGAGAAGCGCUUCCACCUGCCGAGCAAAGCUUGUUCAGCAAACCUCCACAUGGAGCCAUCGUUGUGAUUUCACUCUGCCAUUGGCGAGAUCAACCGCAGGAGAUGCAAGUGUACUUGGAGAAGAUGGCGGAGGCCUUCAAGAACGCAUCCGGUGGUUCCGUGGCAUUCCCUUACGUUGUGGCAGCCACCCACCGCGACAGUUUCCUGCAAGAUUGCCAAAAGGAAGAUCCUGCAAAGGAGCUGCAGAAUGCUGUAGAAGACAUCAAGAAAGCUGCGCUGACAGAUCAUGUCUACACAAUCACCAGCUACAAGAGGGAAAGCUUCGGAAGCGCUCGGAACAACAAAGCUACGGGCGACUUGCUUUCUCAGCUCCUGACAAAAGCCAAGCUGGAGAAUACUGGAAAGGUGCAAGACCAGACCACCCACAACGCAAUCAUCUUCAUCAUCAUGGCAGUGGUUGCGCUCGUGGUAGGACUGCUCAUCAAUAAGAUGAAGUCGGAUGAGGCCUUGCCUAGUGAGCCU